UCACCAUCCGUCGAGCCGAGCCCGACGACCAGACACGCCACGACCAUGCUGACGACGUUCGCCGGUACGCUGAGCUGCCCGGUCGCCACCGGCCACAUCUUUCACGUGCGGGCCAAAUCCAUGGACGACGCGGAAAGAGUCGAGGUAGGCUUUCAGACGGACAAAACGGCCGACGCGGACGCACUGCUGCACCUGUCGGUGCGGUACGAGGGCCAGCGGGUUGUGCGCACGGCCCGGCUCGGCGGCCAGUGGCAGCCGGCGGCCGACGACGUGCCGGAUGAGGCGGGCGCCACCGCCAGGGUGCUGCAGCGGCUCGUGCCCGGCAAGGUGUUCACGCUGUACGUGCUCGUGGGCGACCAGCAGUUCCAUGUGGCGCUCGGCGGCACCCCGGUCGGGACGUACCCGAUCCGGGGCCCGCUCGCCGACAUCAAGGCGAUCACGAUCACGCGCGACGUGCACCAGGUGCUGUCCGUCGACCAUCGGCAGUCGUUCCCGGUGCCGUAUCCGGCGCUGCAGGGCGACGACGGUACCGCCUACUACUUCUCCAACGACGUCCCGAAACCGUUCCUGCCAGGCCACAUCAUCAUCCUGACCGCCAUCCCGUACGGCAAUCCGCGCGGCGGCUUCAUCCUGAAGUUCAACGAGAAUGGCAGCAAGCGGCAGGCACUGCACUUCAAUCCCCGCUUCGAUCCGCACUACGUGGUCGUGCGGAAUUCGCACGCGUCCGACGCGCUCGACUUCCGGCAGGAGGAACGGUCCGGCGGCUUCCCCUUCAUCAUCGACCAGCAGUUCAAGCUGGCGAUCGGGCUGGCGGAGCAGGAGUUCAAGUUCGCCGUCAACGGGAGCAGGUUCGAGACGUACGCGUACAGGGCGCCCCGCCAGCUGGACGUGCUGAACGGCUUCCGCAUCGAGUGUACCGGCGGGCUGCAGCUGGAGGUGACCGCCGUCGACCAUUACUACUCGGGCGUCCCGAGCUGUGCCGGCUUCGAGGAGUACUCCGACCCGGACGUCGACAUCAUGUAGUGCGGUAGGGGGGUGGGGGGGGGGGGGGGGGAGCGAUCCUUUUUUUUGUUUAGCAGGGAGUGAACGCUUCCGGCCAAGUCGUGGCUGUCGAUGGGCCUGAAAAGUAACUGACUGUCAGACUGCAUUUUUUUUUCUUCUUUUUUGUUACACAUCCAGACACACACACACACACAUACACACACUUCUCUAAGCAUGCGCUCCACAUCGUCCCAGCGCCUCGUGGACAGGACUGUGUGCGCGUACGUCAUGCACCAGCUGCACAUAAAGAAGGGCAAAUUGAUUGAAAAUCUAGAGCAGCAUAUCCGACAAACAAGUUCGUUAUCUUACUUCUAGCGCUAGGUAGGUGAGCUUGUGCUCCGCAAGAUAAAAGCGAAAUUGUAUCCCCAGAGCGAUAUUCCAGCUGAACAAUAAAGCAUGGGCAUGUUUGCGGGUAAAAGUGAA